AGUGAUGAGCUGCUCCGGCACCGAGGAUGCUCGGACUCGGCACGUGCUCCGUCAGCGCCCCGGGCAGGGGGGCUGAGCUGGCUGCCCCCCCCCCGCUACGUCCUGGCCCUGCCCGAGGAGGAGACGUGGCGCAAGCACCGGCUCGGCCUGAUGCAGAGCACCCAGUCCUGCAACCUGCUGGAGCCCCAAAGCCUGGCCGAGGCGCUGGUGUCGCGCGCCGCCAGCUUCGACGCCCUCUACCAGCCCCGGGAUGCCGACGGCGACGGCGGCAGCGCCCUGGACCUGGGGCAGUACGUCCCCGUCAGCCCGGAUGUCAUCAAGCGCCGUCGGGGGGGGCUGAUUGAGCAGAGGGACAUCAUCAAGGCGCACGAGGCGCACAAGAUGCAGAGCACGCCGCAGGCGCGGAGGAAGGAGUGGGAGAUGGCUCGCUUCGGGGAGGCGGUGGCCGGCAGGCUUGGCUCCGGAGAUGGGGGCUCCGAGCAGAACCGGAGCCGGCAAGGAGCUCCUGCCCCUGCGGGAGGGACCCCGGGAGGCUUCAAGCAAACCAAAGCGCAGCGAGCCCGGACUAUGGCUCUGUACAACCCCAUCCCCGUCCGGCAGAACUGCUUCACCGUCAACAGAUCCUUAUUCCUCUUUGGGGAAGAGAACAUAGUCAGGAAAUACGCCAAGAAGCUCAUCGACUGGCCGCCCUUCGAGUACAUGAUCCUGGCCACCAUCAUCGCCAACUGCAUCGUGCUGGCCCUGGAGCAGCACCUCCCCGAGGACGACAAGACGCCCAUGUCGCGGAGACUGGAGAAGACGGAGCCGUACUUCAUCGGGAUUUUCUGCUUCGAGGCUGGGAUUAAGAUCGUGGCUCUGGGCUUCGUGUUCCACAAGGGCUCCUAUCUGCGCAACGGCUGGAACGUGAUGGACUUCAUCGUGGUCCUCAGCGGCAUCCUCGCCACGGCCGGGACGCACUUCAACACGCACGUGGACCUGCGCACCCUGCGCGCCGUGCGCGUCCUCAGGCCCCUGAAGCUCGUCUCGGGCAUUCCCAGCCUGCAGAUCGUGCUGAAGUCCAUCAUGAAGGCCAUGGUGCCUCUCCUCCAGAUUGGCUUGCUGCUCUUUUUUGCCAUUCUCAUGUUUGCCAUCAUCGGCCUGGAGUUCUACAGCGGGAAGCUGCACCGAGCCUGCUACACGAACAAUUCAGGUGAGCUGGAGGAGCUGGACCCCCCCCACCCGUGCGGGGUGCAGGGUUGCCCCCCGGGCUACGAGUGCCGGGAGUGGAUCGGUCCCAACGACGGGAUCACGCAGUUCGACAACAUCCUCUUCGCUGUGCUGACCGUCUUCCAGUGCAUCACCAUGGAAGGGUGGACCACAGUCCUGUACAACACCAAUGAUGCCUUAGGAGCCACCUGGAACUGGCUGUACUUCAUCCCCCUCAUCAUCAUUGGAUCCUUCUUCGUCCUCAACCUUGUCCUGGGAGUGCUGUCGGGGGAGUUUGCCAAAGAGCGCGAGCGCGUGGAGAACCGCCGAGCCUUCAUGAAGCUGCGGCGCCAGCAGCAGAUCGAGCGGGAGCUCAAUGGCUACCGGGCCUGGAUAGACAAAGCGGAGGAAGUCAUGCUGGCCGAAGAGAACAAAAAUUCCGGGACCUCAGCCUUAGAAGCACCCCUUCCUCUCCCCCUGCCAGUGCUCAGGCGAGCCACCAUCAAAAGGAACCGGACGGACACCAUGAACCGCGACUCCAGCGACGAGCACUGCGUCGACAUCGCCUCGGUGGGCGAGCGGAGGCUGGCGCAGAGGAGACCUCUCCAUCCCACCCUGGGUAACCCCUUGAGCCGCUCGGGCCUGAAAGGCGCCAGGGUGGACGGAGCCUCCUAUCUGCGGCACAAGGAGCGCCUCCUGCGCAUCUCCGUCCGCCACAUGGUGAAAUCCCAGGUCUUCUACUGGAUCGUCCUGAGCCUGGUAGCCCUCAACACCGCCUGCGUGGCCAUCGUGCAUCACAACCAGCCGGCCUGGCUCACACACUUCCUCUACUAUGCAGAGUUCCUGUUUCUUGGGCUCUUCCUCCUGGAGAUGUCCUUGAAGAUGUACGGCAUGGGGCCACGCCUGUACUUCCAUUCGUCCUUCAACUGCUUCGACUGUGGGGUCACGGUGGGAAGCAUCUUUGAAGUGGUUUGGGCCAUCUUCAGACCAGGAACCUCCUUUGGGAUCAGUGUCCUACGAGCCCUUCGUCUCCUACGAAUAUUUAAAAUAACCAAGUACUGGGCGUCCUUGAGGAAUUUGGUGGUCUCUCUGAUGAGCUCCAUGAAGUCUAUUAUCAGCCUGCUCUUCCUCCUCUUCCUCUUCAUCGUGGUCUUCGCCCUGCUGGGCAUGCAGCUGUUCGGAGGCAGGUUUAACUUCAUCGACGGGACGCCGUCGGCCAACUUCGACACUUUCCCUGCUGCCAUCAUGACAGUGUUCCAGAUCCUGACGGGCGAGGACUGGAACGAGGUGAUGUACAACGGCAUCCGCUCGCAGGGAGGCGUUCGCUCGGGCAUGUGGUCCUCCAUCUACUUCAUUGUCCUCACCCUGUUCGGAAACUAUACUCUGCUGAACGUCUUCUUGGCCAUCGCGGUGGACAACCUGGCCAACGCUCAGGAGCUCACCAAGGACGAGCAGGAGGAAGAGGAGGCCUUUAACCAGAAGCACGCCCUUCAGAAAGCCAAGGAAGUCAGCCCCAUGUCCGCCCCCAACAUGCCGGCUAUCGAAAGAGACAGGCGCAGGAGACACCACAUGUCGAUGUGGGAGCCGCGCAGCAGCCACCUGCGGGAGCGGCGCCGGCGGCACCACAUGUCGGUGUGGGAGCAGCGCACCAGCCAGCUGCGCCGGCACAUGCAGAUGUCCAGCCAGGAGGGCAUCAACAAGGACGAGCCCCCCCUCAUCAACCCCCACGCCAGCAUCUUCCGACGCAAGAAACCGGGCGACGGCGUCGCCUUGGAGAAGUGCAACGAGGAGCAGGGCGGCAAGGGCGAGCGGCCGCCGGCUGAGGGUCCCGAGCAGCCGGCCUCGGGGACCAAGCCGGGCAGCGGGGAGGACAGGAGGAGCCCAUCGCCCCGGGCCAGGCGGGACAAGGAGCUGUGGCACCAAAAAGCGUGCCACGGGAACUGCGAGCCGGGCGAGGAAGGGGCAGGAGGAGGCAUUGAGGAGAGGGCGCGGAUGAGGCAGAGCCAGCGGCGCAGCCGGCACCGGAAAGCCAGGAUGGAGGGGAAGGAUCCGGCCCUGGGGAGCCGCUCGGGCAGCCAGGAGAUGGGGCUGGAGGAGACCGGCCCCACAGAGGGGGCGCAGGACGGGGACCGACGUGGGGAUGCUGCCGCGGCGCUGGACCUGAUCCAGGGCGAGCCGGAGGCGAGCGGGGAGCCCGCCAGGACUAACGGGGUCCUUGCCGAGGAGGGGAGCCCCCCGGCAGCGGGACCUGAGCCCCCCCGGGGGCUGGAGGGCAGCCUGGGUGAGCAGGACUGCAGCAGCCCGGACACCAGCGAGCAAGCCCUGCUGGGGGGAGCGGCGCUGGGGGCCAGCCGCACCGUCAGCCGCAGCGAGCCCGACCUCUCCUCCGUCACCGCCAACACCGAGAAGGCCACCGAGAGCACCGCCAUCAUGAUCGAUGUCCAAGAGUCCGCUGUGGUACAGAUUAGCAACAAGACCGAUGGGGAAGCCAGCCCCCUGAAGGAGGCAGAGAGCAAGGAGGACGAGGAGGAGAUGGAGAAGAAGAAGCGGAAGAAGGAGAAGAGCGAGACGGGCAAAGCGAUGGUGCCGCACAGCUCCAUGUUCAUCUUCAGCACCACGAACCCGGUGCGCAGAGCCUGCCACUACAUCGUGAACCUGCGCUACUUCGAGAUGUGCAUCCUCCUGGUCAUCGCCGCCAGCAGCAUCGCCCUCGCGGCCGAGGAUCCUGUCCUCACCAACUCCGACCGUAACAAGGUCCUGAGGUAUUUUGACUACGUUUUCACUGGGGUGUUCACCUUCGAGAUGGUUAUCAAGAUGAUCGACCAGGGCUUGAUCCUGCAGGACGGCUCCUACUUCCGAGACCUCUGGAACAUCCUGGACUUCAUCGUGGUGGUGGGAGCGCUGGUGGCUUUCGCCUUGGCGAAUGCUUUGGGGACCAACAAGGGCCGGGAUAUCAAGACCAUCAAGUCCCUCCGUGUGCUGCGGGUCCUGAGGCCCCUGAAAACCAUCAAGCGGCUGCCCAAGCUGAAGGCCGUCUUUGACUGCGUUGUGACGUCCCUCAAGAACGUCUUCAACAUCCUCAUCGUCUACAAGCUCUUCAUGUUCAUCUUCGCCGUCAUUGCCGUCCAGCUCUUCAAGGGGAAGUUCUUCUACUGCACUGACAGCUCUAAGGACACGGAGAAGGACUGCAUAGGGAACUACGUGGACCACGAGAAGAACAAGAUGGAGGUGAAGUGCAGGGAGUGGAAACGACACGAGUUUCACUACGACAACAUAAUCUGGGCAUUGCUCACCCUGUUCACAGUCUCCACCGGCGAGGGUUGGCCCCAGGUGCUGCAGCAUUCGGUGGACGUGACGGAGGAGGACCGCGGGCCCAGCCGCAGCAACCGCAUGGAGAUGUCCAUUUUUUACGUUGUCUACUUUGUGGUCUUCCCGUUCUUCUUCGUCAACAUUUUUGUGGCUCUCAUCAUCAUCACCUUCCAAGAGCAAGGAGACAAAAUGAUGGAGGAGUGCAGUCUGGAGAAAAACGAGAGAGCCUGUAUUGACUUUGCCAUCAGUGCCAAGCCCCUCACGCGCUACAUGCCCCAGAACCGGCACACCUUCCAGUACCGGGUCUGGCACUUCGUGGUCUCCCCAUCCUUCGAGUACACCAUCAUGGCCAUGAUCGCGUUGAACACCGUGGUGCUGAUGAUGAAGUACUACUCUGCUCCGUACACCUACGAGCUGGCCCUGAAGUACCUGAACAUUGCGUUCACCAUGGUCUUCUCCUUGGAGUGCGUCCUCAAGAUCAUUGCUUUCGGCUUCCUGAAUUAUUUCCGGGACACCUGGAACAUCUUCGACUUCAUCACUGUCAUCGGCAGCAUCACGGAGAUCAUCCUGACGGACACCAAGCUGGUGAACACCAGCAGCUUCAACAUGAGCUUCCUGAAGCUCUUCCGAGCAGCUCGGCUCAUCAAGCUGCUGCGCCAGGGUUACACCAUCCGCAUCCUGCUCUGGACGUUCGUGCAGUCCUUCAAGGCCCUCCCCUACGUCUGCCUCCUGAUUGCGAUGCUUUUCUUCAUCUACGCCAUCAUCGGGAUGCAGGUUUUUGGCAACAUCAAGCUGGAUGAGGAAAGCCACAUUAACCGGCACAACAACUUCCGCAGCUUCCUGGGCUCCCUCAUGCUCCUCUUCAGGAGUGCCACCGGGGAGGCAUGGCAGGAGAUCAUGCUGUCCUGCCUGGAGGGCAAGGGCUGCGAGCCGGACACGACGGCGACGUCCGGGCAGAACGAGAACGAGCGCUGCGGCACCGACCUGGCCUACGUUUACUUCGUCUCCUUCAUCUUCUUCUGCUCAUUCCUGAUGCUCAACCUGUUCGUGGCCGUCAUCAUGGACAACUUCGAAUACCUGACCCGCGAUUCCUCCAUCCUGGGGCCUCACCAUCUCGAUGAGUUUGUCCGGAUCUGGGCAGAGUAUGACAGAGCAGCGUGCGGCAGGAUCUCGUAUAAGGAUAUGUACAAAUUAGUACGGGUGAUCUCGCCUCCUCUGGGCCUAGGAGAGAACUGCCCCUACAGGGUGGCGUGCAAGAGACUGGUGCUGAUGAACAUGCCCGUGGCCGAGGACAUGACGGUCCACUUCACCUCCACCCUGAUGGCGCUGAUCCGCACCGCCCUGGACAUCAAAAUCGCCAAAGGUGGUGCAGACUGGCAGCAGUUAGACUCCGAGCUUCAGAAGGAGAUCCUGACCAUUUGGCCUCACCUGUCUCAGAAGAUGCUCGACCUGUUGGUACCCAUGCCAAAAACCUCUGACCUGACUGUUGGCAAAAUCUACGCAGCCAUGAUGAUCAUGGACUACUACAAGCAGAGCAAAGCGAAGAAGCAGAGGCAGCAGCUGGAGGAGCAGAAAAACGCGCCCAUGUUCCAGCGCAUGGAGCCCUCCUCUUUGCCGCAGGAAAUCAUCUCAAACGCGAAGGCUCUGCCUUACCUCCAGCAGGACACCCUCUCGGGCCUGAGCAGCCGGAGCGGGUUCCCCUCGCUGAGCCCGCUCUCGCCGCAGGAGAUCUUCCAGCUGGCGUGCAUGGAUCCGGCCCACGGGCAGUUCCAGGAGCACCAGUCUCUGGAGCCAGAGGUUAGGGAGUUUCAAAGAGUGCAGCCCUCUAACCGUGGCAGCUACCUUCCCGUGGACACUCAGGACCACGCUGUCUCUGGGAGGGCCUCCUCCAUGCCUCGUCUCACUGUGGAUCCCCAGGUGGUGACGGACACCAGCUCGAUGCGGCGGUCGUUUUCCACCAUCCGGGACAAGCGCACCAACACCUCCUGGCUGGACGAGUUCUCCAUGGAGCGCAGCAGCGACAACACCUACAAGUCCCGCCGGCGCAGCUACCACUCCUCGCUCCAGCUCUCCGCCCGGCGCCUCAACACCGACUCAGGCCACAGGUCCGACGGGCACCGCUCGGGCGGCAGGGAGCGGGGCCGAUCCAAAGAGCGCAAGCACUUGCUGUCCCCCGACAUCUCCCGCUGCAAUUCGGAGGAGAGGAGUCCCCAGGCGCACGACGAGUCCCCGGAGCGGCGGCGCGAGUCCCGGUCACCCAGCGAGGGCAGGUCGCAGACACCCAACAGGCAGGGAACGGGCUCGCUGAGCGAAAGCUCCAUCCCCUCCAUCUCGGACACCAGCACGCCGCGGCGAGGCCGCCGCCAGCUUCCCCCGGUGCCCCCCAAACCGCGUCCCCUCCUCUCCUACGCCUCCAUGCUGCGGCACGCCGCCGGAGACGCCUCGCCGCCCCCUGAGGAGACCGACGGGGGGUCCCCGCUCCUCUCCAAGGAGCCCAACGCCGCCGGCCUGACCGAGUCUUCCAGCUCCCCGGCGGGGAAGCCGAGCCGGCCGUCCACCCCGCAGCGCUACAUCUCGGAGCCCUACCUGGCCCUGCACGACGACUCGCACGCCUCGGACUGCGGCGAGGAGGAGACGCUCACCUUCGAGGCGGCCGUGGCCACCAGCCUGGGCCGCUCCAACACCAUCGGCUCGGCCCCGCCGCUGCGGCACAGCUGGCAGAUGCCCAACGGGCACUACCGGCGGCGGAGGCGAGGGGCCGGGCAGGGCGUGAUGUGCGGGGCCAGCAUCGACGUGCUCAGCGACACCGAGGAAGACGACAAGUGCUAGAAGGCUGCGCUCCCCCCGCCGCCGCCGCCCCCACCGCCCUGCCCUCCCCAAUGCAUGCUCUUCGCCGCGCCUGGGAAUGAAAUGAAACCAAAACCAAACGCAAGGGGAAACUAAAAAACAAACAAACAAACAAACAAACAAAAAAACAACAACAACAAAAAAAGAAGAAAACCCAACUGACCGGAAUAGGGAAAAAAAAGUCUUUGUGCAAAAAAAAAAAAAAAAAAAAAAUUAAAAUCUGUCGACUUUCAUUUAUUAUGAUCACUUUUUUUUUUCUGCACAGAGAAGCAUUUGACCGGAGGCGGAGCGGCCCCGGCCGGGGACGAGCAAGAGCCCCAGGACCCGGGAAGGCUCGUGACGAUGGCUUUCUGCUCCCCGUGGCCGGAAAAACCCCAGCAAGGGGGUCCCAGGGCUCAGUCGCUCGGGUUUGUGCUGCCGUGGCUUUGAGCCUCCAUCCCCGAGGGUCUCAGACCGGCCCGGGGCAGGGGCGAGGUGCGGGGGGGGCAGGGUGCACGAGGCGGCUAGGAGCGGCUGUGCCUGCCCCCAUGGGCCACGCCAAAGCCAACUGGUUUGUACUGGGGCAGACGGGAGCAGCGAGGGGGGCUCGGCGCUGCCGAUUGUAUCCCGUCUCGCACCGACCUAGCUGUAUUUCUACACGGAGAACUCUAGGUGUGCCUGUGCGUGUAUAUACGGUGUGUGUGUGUAUAUAUAUUUAUAUGCUGUAUAUAUAAAGAUAUACACAUA